GUUCCUUAGGCCUCACUUCCACAUCGGUCAUCCGACAUCCGGUCGCCCUCUUCCUACGUAUUUCAAACAUGUUCUCUUUCGUCGUACUUCUGGCUGCUGCUGCAACUUCUCUACCGAAGGCUCUCGCUCAUGGAGGUGUCUUGAGUUAUUCAUGGGACGGAGACUGGUACUGGGGAUGGCAGCCGUACGACUCGCCUACCGGUCAGACCACCAUUCAGAGGUCUUGGUCGUCCUACAACCCGAUUACGGAUCCCACGGACCCCACGAUCGCCUGUAACGAUGAUGGUACCUCCAGUGCUCUUCAACUCACUGGAACUGUUGCUGCGGGUACUCCGAUCACCGCGUACUGGAACCAAGUUUGGCCCCACCCGUACGGCCCCAUGUUGACCUACCUCGCCAACUGCGGUGGUUCCACUUGCACUGGCGUCGAUGCUAGCAGUCUCCAAUGGUUUAAGAUCGAUGAGUCCGGUCUCAUUAACGGCACGGUAUACGAUGGUGUCUGGGGUGAUGGUGUUAUGAUCGCUCAGAACUCUUCCUGGACCACCACUAUACCGUCGACCGUUCCUAGUGGUAACUACCUCAUCCGUUUCGAAACCAUCGCUCUGCACUCUCUCCCCGCUCAAUUUUACCCCGAGUGUGCUCAGAUCAGUAUCACCGGUGGUGGAACCCUCGAGCCUACCGCAGACGAGCUCGUCACCUUCCCUGGUGCUUACAGUGCCUCUGAUCCUGGAUUGACCGUCGAUAUCUACAGCAACUCUGCUCAGACUGAGACGACCUACCCCAUCCCCGGUCCUCCCCUCUAUGGCAGCUCCGUCUCUUCAUCCUCUGCCCCGGCUGCUCCGUCGUCCACCGCUUCUUCACCCGUCGGUAGCUCUUCUGCCCCAGCACCCACGUCAUCUUCGACUGGCUCCGCGGGAACAGUCGCUCAGUACGCACAAUGCGGUGGGCAAGGGUACACCGGUGCUACGGCUUGUGUGUCGCCUUACACUUGCCAGGCCGAGAACAGCUACUACUCCCAAUGCUUGUAAAAGUUGCCGCAGGGGUAAAUGCCUGCUGAAAUCAUGGGGUUGAUCAUACUGUACUCCGAAGGAGACGUUUUCGGUACAGCGUCUCAAGCUCAGGCGGGCUUCGUUAUCUUUUCCUUUUAUUGCCGUUGAUAUUGAUGCUAUGCGUGAUCUGUGGUGACCUGCUUUUUGUAUCCAUUUGAGCUGAAUGUGAGCCUUCGAGAAUGUGUAUACAGUAUUCGUGUAGAAAUCAGUGUUUGAAGUCGUGCUACGUUUCAGGUGUCGAGUACGUGUAUUGAGUAUCGAGGUCGAGGUACUCCUGUAAG